AUGGCGGCCUUCGCCUCCCAGCUGUUGGCAACCCCGCAGUAUUUGCAGCAAGAGCUGUGGAGAUGUGCGCUCUCAUAUUGUGACUUCCAGGGGGACUCAGACAACGAUUGCAUCAGACUGUUUUGCGGGGACCGCCUUCCUCCCGACAUUGCAAGCGAAUUUGUGGAAGUCGACUCAACACAUGGCUUCUGGGAAUGUACGAGCUCGUCUUCUGAUGCAGUCAAGUUCUUUCAGGAGACCUCAGCUUUGCGACUCGUCGGCCGAUUGCGUCGCGGCGGUGAGGCAGAGGCCGAGCUGGAGCUGGCUUUUCGUGGCACCGACCGUAUUGCGAACUGGCUCACGAACUUCACGACGUCGCUGGUGCCUUGCGAAGUUGGCAGCCAGGCUGGCAUGGUCCACCAAGGCUUCCAGAAAGCCUAUCUUAGUCUUCGAACGGUGCUGCUGGACAAGAUCCGCGACUGCUUGAAAGAACAUGGCCUGACCCAACGAGCUUCCCUGCUGUUGCGCGUCACGGGGCACAGUCUCGGUGGUGCGCUGGCCAUGCUGUGUGCCUACGAUUUUGCGCACAACUACGGUUGGGAAGCUUGGUGUGUGACCUGGGGGACCCCGCGUUUGGGCGAUGCAGCUUUCGCGGCAGCCUUUCAGAGGCUAGUUCCACGCAUGGCGCGAUUCAUCAACAAGAUGGAUGUGGUGGCCUGCUUGCCUGCCAACCCCAAAGAUCCGAACGAUAACAAUAGAAAGGUGAGCACCGUUCUAUCCACUGCCUUCUCACCGCUGCAAAAGGCCAUGCAGGCUCAUGAUUAUAGGCAUGUCUGUACCGCGGUCAUACUGGACCCCACCACAAGCAAGUCGCUCCACAUGAUGUCCCUGGACUGGGCGAUGCUGGUUGACGGGGGGGAGUAG